AGAGAGAAGGAGCGUGAGAAACCCGACAAUCCGCCAUGGGAAUGAAGGACGAGCUAAGAGCAACACUCACGCAACCUCUGAAGCUAAAGGGUCCAUACAAGCCGACCGGUGCGUUUGCAGUAGAAAGCCGGUACUUCGAUGGAGUUCCACCGGCGGCAACCAAAGCCGACUGCCCCAUCAAGUACGAAGGAGCUCGCCAACUAGAAGAUUACACCAUCUCCCCUAAUGGCCGCGAUAAGAUCGGCCGCAUUAUCUCUUACCUUCGUCGAAUUGCCGUAGAUUCUGUCUUCAACGAGUCUCUCAAUAUCGUAGCCGGAGGUUGGAAUAGGGUGGUGAAGGCAGCACCGAAGGAUCAUUUCCCUUCACGCUCUUCUAACAACAACGAGAAACAAGAUCGUAAGGCACUGAUCGUGGAUGAGGCAAAUGCAGUGCUGAAGAAAUCCCAAGAAAGUAUACUACAGAACCAGAAGCCGGCAGCGUGUGCCACUACAAAGCUUGACGAGGAAGCGCUGGACUCUCCUCCUCCUAAGAAGCCGUUGGACGAGCAAGCCGAGAUUUCUGUGCCAGCAAAAGACAGUAGAAAGAAGAUUUUCAUUCGCUCUCGACUGUAGAGGAUACAUCCAUCAAUCAGGUUAUAUGAAUUCCCCCUUUUGUUUAGUUCUCCUUACUAUGUAACGAUGUAACAUUAAAGUAUUCCUAGGUACAAUAAAAUGGGAUUUUGAGUUCA